CCAUCCAGGAGCUCAUCAGUGUAAGGGAUCAAGACCUCAUCCGCGACUGGGUGCUUCGAACAAGCUUUUCUUGUGAAGUACAUUGAAACACGACUUUGCAAACCACAAACGAAAGCAGGAAGGCCGCGAGUCCCAGCGAUCUGCGGAUUCUUCUCUACUGCUGAGAAGUCUGCAGCAAAGAAGUAGAGUGAUACGGUUGGUGGACCGAAGCGACUACGGAAACCGUGCCCGGUAGAUUCGCAGGGGUUUGAAUAGUAGUCGAGGAGUACAGGAAACGACGCACUUGCUUCGACAACGAAUAGCCGGCGAAAACGGGUCAGCUGUGCUAAGGACUCGUUGUCGUAGCCUGGAGUAGCUCAGAAAAGUUGGAAGCAGAGCGAAACGGGAUGACGGUCCCAAUGGACCCCUCAACGCCCACCCAACCAAAUGGGACCGACCGAGCCCACAUCCCUGAUCGGGAAUCCACCCCCGCGCCUGCCGGCGGCAGCAGCAGCACAAGAGGCAAUCCAUCCACAUCCUCAUCGCACGAUGCCUCGGCAGCAGCAACGCCACCGCCUGCGCCCACGAAACGAUCGGAUAGGACAGAAGCCGAGGUGUUGAUUGACGCGGCGAAUGCGCACGGCCGGCAGGAUGCGUUGUCGUUGCCGAAAGAUGCCAAGAUGGUCUCUUUGGUGUUGCAGGCGUUGGGCGUGGAUGAAUAUGAGCCGAGGGUUGUGCCGCAGUUAUUGGAGUUUAUGCAUCGAUACGUAUUGGAUGUGCUGGGCGACGCGAGGACAUACGCUGAUCACGCGAACCACACCCAAAUCAACACCAACGACAUCCGCUUAGCGAUCGAAGGGCGGUCUGUGCAUUCGUUCACGGGUCCUCCUCGGCGAGAGAUUUUGGAAAGCAUGGCAGCAAAACGCAACGCGAUACCCCUGCCUCUCAUUCCGGAAAAGUAUGGCGUGCGGUUACCACCAGAGCGACAUACGCUUACGGGGACGAACUUCCAGGUCGUUGUGCAGAAAUCGAAAACAAAACCACCACCCCUCCGCGCGGCCCCACCCGACCAACAACAACAAGCAUUCACCCACGACGACCAGCAGCACCAACCAAUGGACAUCUCCCAACCACCGCCUGUAUUACCGUCAGCAACAAUGCCGAGUCUCCCACCUCCAGCACAAGUAUCACAACAACCGCUGCCGGGACUGCCGGGGUUGCCGGCGAUGGAGACGAAGGCUGCGGGGGAUGAGGAUGAUUAUGAUGAGGAAUGAAUUUGGGGGCGGGAGGGGGAUGGUUGUGUGAGAGGUGGGGAGGGAGUAUGGUGGGCGGUGCGGGUGACGAGAUGUCCCAACUUCCUUCACACUUUGGGGGAUGAACGAAAGCGGCCGAUUUCCGCUUGUAUAGAGUGGUAUGCCCAUGUACAUAUAAUCUACUGGCGCACAUCUUUUGAUUCGGUG